CAUAUCAUUCAAUAUGGCUCAAGGAAUAUAUGUUCUGCUCCUAGUGGUCAUCGCUACAGUUGCUACAUACGGGUAUGACAGUUAUCCUAAGAAGGUUCCUAGCCCUGCCAUUUACAGAGGUGGGAACUACGGACUAGCAUACUACAACAGAUACAAUGGAUUUAAAAUAAGACGGAGCAUAUUUUAUUACAAUGGAAUAGGAUAUAAAUUAACCUGUAAUAAGACACGUUUCUAUCGACUUUGGGGCAGUUGUUAUAGUAAAAACCACAGCAGAAGUAGAUGUUUUAGACGAUUCCUAAAGCAACGUCUUUUUGCAAUAUACAAAGCUAACUCUUAUCCAUAUAGACCGAAGAAGAUUGUUCUCUACAAGAGAGCCAAAACAUACUAUAAAAGAUAGAGAUUCACUCACAAAAGGAUAAACAGUAUCCUGAGUGUAUUAUUUUUAAACGACGCUUUACAUUGACCUCUUGUUUUUUUGCGAUUGUAAUGUUUAACCUCAAUAAAACUACGUCUAUAUA